CGUGACUGAGAGGAACCUUCACGUCCGAUCACCGUUCAGAGAACUUCUCUCCUUCCCUCCCACGCUAUUUCACACGUUGGGAAACUCACAACUCUCUGAACACCAUUAAUGCAUGUCUGCUUGCUUUUACAAAUUCAUCGCCUCCUUCUUCUUCUUCUUCCAUGACAUCUCGUCACUGCUGUGAAGUUUUGAUUCUUGUGCCCUCACUUCUCCCCAUACACGCUUCCACCGGCCCAAUAUACUUCGAGCCCACCUUUCCACUCUCCUUUCUACAUUAUUGGUGAUUUUCAAGGUAACCCAGAAGAGUGUUCAUUUACUCCUCUACUCGACGCGUCACUCAAAACCACCGCCGGCCACCGGCGGAAUUCGGAGAGCACUUCGGAGCUAGGAGCUACCCCAUUUAGGAUAAGCACCCAGAUAAAAAUUAAGCUGAUGAAUACCUUGGAAAGGUAUUACCAAAAAGACUCUAAGAAGAAGCGGAAGGUUUUGGCGGUUGAUGUUAAGGAGUCCAAUGGUGUGAGCACCAUCUCGAAUUUUACUUAUGAUCCAAUGAAUGCAAGAGAACUUUGUUCUCAUAUGAUCCUUUAUCAUGAGUAUCCCUUUACGUUUGUGGAGGAUGUGUUAUUUAACAAGCUUAUAAGUGCCAUCACACCGCACUGGGAAACAAUUUCUUGGGUUACUGCAAAGAGUGAUUGCUUUGCCACUUAUGAAUUAGAGAAGAAGAAGUUAAAAACUUUGUUGAGAGGGGUUCUCAAAGUUAACAUCACAACUGACAUGUGGACUUCGGGUGAAGAAGUUUCGUAUAUGGUUGUGACAUGUCAUUUCAUAGAUUCUGAUUGGCAUUUACAUCGGCAUGUAUUGAACCUUUGUAAUGUGUCGCCUCCACAUACCGGGGUUCUUAUUGCUGAUGCACUUCAGAAGUGUUUUCAAGAUUGGGAGAUUGAGAAUAAAAUUUAUUCGAUCACGGUAGACAAUGCAAGAGAGAAUGACGUUGCCAUGAGGAUCUUGAAAAAUGAUUUUAAUCUGAAAAAGUCUUUGUCUAUUGGGGGAAAUCUGUUUCACGUGCGCUGUUGUGCGCACAUAACUAAUUUGUUGGUUCAAGAUAGCCUUGGUGAGAUUGGUGAUAUUAUUGAUUGUAUUAGGGAGGGUAUUCAAUAUUUGGUGGCAUCAGAGGGGAGGUUGAAGCAAUUUAUUGAUAUUGCAAAACAAUUGCAAUUGACUUCAAAGAAAUUGGUUUUGGACGUACCCACCCGAUGGAAUAGCACCUAUUUGAUGUUAGUAGCUGCACUUGAGUUUAAAGAGGUCUUUUCGAUGUAUAAAGACAUGGAUACGAGUUUUCAUUGGGCGCUGAGGGUUGAUGAUUGGGUUAAAGUGGAAAAUGUGUGUCAACUCUUACAGGUCUUCAACAAUGUAACGAACAUCAUAUUAAGGAGUGACUAUCCAACUGCCAAUUUAUUCCUUUUUGAAGUGUGGAGAAUGAAACAGGUCUUGGCUGAGAAGUGUAGGGAUCAGAAUGAGAAUAUCAAAUCCUUGGCACAAAAAAUGAAUGCUAAGUUUGAGAAAUAUUGGGGAGAGUGUAGCUUGUUGAUGGCAAUUGCAGCAGUGUUGGACCCAAGUGGUAAGAUGAGGAUAAUACGUUUUUGUUUCCCUUUGAUCUAUCAAGAGCCGGAAGCUACUACAAAUAUUGAAUUUGUCCUUACAGUUUUGCACGAGUUAUAUAAUGAGUAUGUUAAGGAACAUAAUUCAAGUGUUAUGGAACAAAAUGUGCAAGGCAAUGCAUGCGAAAGCUCUUCAAAUAGUAAUUCUAUUAGUAUGGUUGGGGGGAAUGCCCAGAGUGGUAAGGCAAGGUUUCGGUCAUUCCUUAGAACAGUGCAACCGAUUAAAUCAGAGUUGCAACUAUAUUUGGAGGAGGGUCUAUAUAUAUGUGAUAGGGGUUCAUAUGAGAAAUUUAACGCGUUGGAUUGGUGGAAAGCGAAUACCUCUAAGUUUCGCAUCUUGUCUAAAUUGGCCCGAGAUAUAUUGUCAAUACCAAUUACCACUGUGAGUUCAGAGUCCACAUUCAGUGCUGGUGGAAAGGUUCUUGAUCCGUAUCGAGCUUCGUUAUCAGCAGAAACAGUGCAGAUGUUAAUAUGUGGGGCUGAUUGGGUUAGAGCAUUAUAUGAGCUUGAAAACAAGUCUAUUGAGGACCCAACUGAGGAGGACCCAACUGAGGAAGACCCAACUGAGUUUCAGAUUGUCAUACCGUAGCAGUUUACCUUUAUAUUAAAGUUUGCUCAGACUGAAAGAGCCUGCUGUCUUAUUACGUUGUCGGGAAGAUGAUCUUCAUUUGGUGCAGUCUGUACUGGAUUCAGCAAUGUAGCAGUAUUCUGAGAAAACAAAUGUUCAUUCACCUGAGAUCAUAGUCGACAAGAAUGUUUAUCUUCACUUUGUAUUGCAUAAGUAUAUAAAGACAGCAUAUAUAAACUGCCUUUAUUUAUAUUCUGAGACCUGAGAUUAGUAGUCGACAAGAAUGUUUAUCUUCACUUUGUGUUACAUAAGUAUGUAGAGACAGCAUAUAUAAACUGCCUUUAUUUAUUAUAUUUUGAGACCUGAGAUUAGUAG